CCGCCAUUGCUUGCGUCUUGCUUCAUUUCGUCGUUGGAUUUGAUUGGAGGGAAGUUGUAGAGGGUGGCGCAUGCGCGUUCUGCCGACGCCAUCUCUGUAACUACUUGUCCUAAUAUUACUGUUCGUAAAGGGAUAUGAAUCUUAUUUUGUAGUUUUGUGUGAAUAAGUCAUGGGAUUACUUUGUCGUUUGAAAAGUGAAGUGUGUGUUUUAAAGUGAGAUCAUUGAUGUUGUGCAAAGCCUGUUGAUAUUUUGCGGAAGUUUCUUGGCCUACAGCAUCGCAUAUUUUUUGUGGCUAUAUCUGCCGCGGCCGCUUUAUAGUUAUUUGAUGGACUUUUGACGUCGAAGCAUAGUGUUAUUGUACCUGAGCUUGGGUCGCAUAAGACGUAUCCGAGAUGAACUCUGCCUUGAAGCCGGUGCUGCCUCAGCCAGGACCACAACCAGGGGGUCAGGCGAGUCCGGCCAAAGCUAACAUAGCUAACAUCAAUCACGCCGUGGGUCUCCCGCAGGGUGCUCAAAAUUCUCUUCACCAUGGUACUAACAACCUGGUCGGCCAAAACUUGACGCAUCACGUUCCUGCGCCUCAGGUAGCGCCUCACGCAGUGCCAUCCAUGGCUCCAAUUUCAGCCAACAUGGCACAAAUGGCGCAAAACAUGAGUCACCAUGGCAACCUUUCUCAUGUUACACAGAAUUCAGUCACACCCACCAACGUCGCCGCAAGCCCAAGCAAGAGCGCCAGUACCAGUGCACCACUCAGCUUAGUCAGCCAGGAUAAAGCUAACAGUUCACAGCCCCUCGCGCUUACAAGGACCCCCGAAAAGAAAGAACCUGAUUCUAGUAGCCAAGCCAAUGGUACAAUAGAUUCACCAAAAUCGGCAUCUAAUGCUCCUGCAACUCUGAAACCCCAGAAUCCAGAACCUAAUAAGGAGAAGCAAGAUAUCGCCAAGACAUCACCAAGCACUCCAAAGCCUCCUGAAAAGCCUAGCAGUGCUCCAGAAACUCCUCAAAAACCUGAGGCAGCCAAUCCUCCAGAAUCUCCAGACAGUCAAGCUCAACCUAAAGUUGCUACUGCAAAUGAACCAACUGAGAAGUCUAUUAAGCCAGCAGAGCCAAAACCUACUCCAACUGCAGAUGUAGCACCUACACAGAGUGAUAGUAAACCAUUGCCAGAAUCUGCUAACAAUAGUCAAUUACAGGAAGAUGCCUCAACACCUGCGAAAGAGGAAGCUCCAGCAGCAGAAAGUGCUAAAACUGAGAGCCCCAUAAAAGUUGAGGAGAAGAAAGAAGUUAAAGAAGAGAAGGCACAAGUGAUACAAGAAAAGAAAGAGGAACCACAAAUUGCUAAGAAAGAAGAAUUGGUUGAAAAGCAGCAGAAAGUUGAAGAAAAGGUUGAGGAAAAGAAGUCUGAUGUGAAAACUACUAAAGCUGAAGUGAAGGCUUCUCCAAAACCAACAAUGAAAUUAGCAACAGUGACCCCACCGAUGAGAAAGAGAAGGCGUACAUCUCUCAGCAAGAGUACAGAAGGGCUCAAUUCUGCUAAGAAACCUGCAGAAGGCGAAUCUACACCUGACAUGAGAACAAAGAGGAACAGAACUCAGGUGCAACUUUACCAGUCUCCGACACCAGAAAUAACGAUGGCUACUAAACUUAGCGCUUCUGCAGGUCGGUCCACCCCUACCAAGCCAAAUGAUGACAAGCUUAUUGUUUUCUACAAGAAUGAGUAUUUGGCAGUACGGAACGCUGAGGGUGGAUUUUACGUGUGCCAAGCGGUUCAAAACGUUUACCGCAACACACGUAAGAUUAAAAUUCGUUGGCUCUCACAAGAUAAAGCAGACCCUUCAGGAGAGACCUACAAGCCGGAUUUCUAUGAUGUCACUGAUAUGGAAUGUGUGCUGACAACUCUAUCGCUGCAACGUGCAUCUGGCGGUGCUCAAGUACUGAAGCCAGCGGAACAAGCUCGAGCCAAGUCCAUACUGGACCGAGCGCUGGAAGCGGAACAGAGUGGUGGCAAGAUCGAGCUCACCGAGGAACAUCCAGAUGGACUGGACCUCUCGCUGUACACAGACGAGUCACAAUUAGAGAAGAAGUCGCGCAAACGUAACAGCUCUAAGUCAUCGCCGCGCGGCAAAUCGGACAACGCUACCGAGACUGCGGUGAGUAAAAUCGUUCAUUAUACAAUGAUAAGAGACAUCAUUGGGUUUUCAUUUAUUCAGUUUUGGGUGCAAUAAAAAUUAAAUUAUUGUUAAAUUAUGCUUUUAAAGUAUGGUAACUGAACACUGUGAUCUGACCGUUAUUUAGCGGAGUGGUUCGCACGCCGGUUUCAACGUGUCUCUCUGAGGUCCCGGGUAAGAUUCCCGGUCGGGUCAAUGUAGAAAAUGAACUUUUCUAUAUUGACUCGGGUCUGGGUGUUGUGGUACCUUCGUUGUCUCAGAUACUCCAUAUUUUUAUAUUUCCAACAAUUAUACAUAAAUUAUAACAACUUUAUAUCGUUAUUCAUUAGAUUAUAUCAUUAAACAGAUUUUUUAAUGUUUAUUUGUAUAUUUUCUGAGAUAGAAUAAGAAUCUUAAUAUAUCAUUUGUUAUAUCUGCCCGAUUUCAAUACCAUUUUCUUGAAUAAUUUAAUGUUAUUAAAGACAGUAUACUUACUUUAUUAUAUACUUUAUUUUAGUCUACUGUCUGUUUUUAAAUAAUAAGUAAAUAUAAAAAAAAAACUUCACAGAAAGAAGAAGCUACACCCGCGAAAAAAUCGCGGACUACGCCAAAGCGCAGUCCAAAGAGCGAUCGCAAAACAAAACCGUCGCCGCAGAAACAACAAACAAACAAUAAACGAAAACCGGCAGGUAGUACGCCCACUGUGGCGGCCACAAGCAAGGUAGGCAUAGUACAACGGAUAUAUAGAAAUGUACGUAUCCGCAAUCAUCGCCAUUUACAUUCAUGACCAAGUGUGAGUAAGGUGUGUGUGUACGUGUGGUUGUUAUGUGCUGUG